GUUAGUGCGGACGGCGUCUGCGUGCUUCUGUGCCGCUCCUCGAGUGUAACCUGUGUUUCCCAAACUUUGUGAUUUGCCUUAAUAAUGCCGAAAUGUGCAAGUUGUUCCGCCGACGCCAGAGAUGUGGCCCAGUGUAGUUCCUGCAUGCUCUGCUACGAUUUUAACUGUGCUGGAAUCACGGAGGGCGGGUUCAGAAAGUUGGGAGAUAGGAAAACAACAUGGAAGUGCCCAAGAUGCAAAGGCGGAUCCACGCCAAAACUAUCCUCGUCUAAUUCUCCUUCGCCAUCAUUCCUGAGCCCGGACAGCGAGCUGCUCAUGUCAGAAAUCAAGAAGCUGUCUAGUCAGUUAGCGGCACUUGCGGGUUUGGCGCAUGACGUAAAGGCUAUUAAAGAAGAUAUACAGCAGCUAAAAAGUUCUGUAGAAUUUGCCCAUGAGUCAUCGAAGUUAUGUAAAGAGAAACUUAACGAUCUGGAGAUAAGGGUAUCAGCAGUAGAAGCAAACCAUGAAGAAAAUAUUGCACUAGUUCGACGUGUUUCACACCUGGAAGAUAUAGUGAAACAAAAGGAUCAAACAGAUCGACUAAAUAAUGCCGAAAUCAAGGGAAUUCCGUAUAAAGAUUCUGAGAACCUGAUUGAAACUAUUAUGAAGCUUGGAUCCCAGAUUAAUUGCAAAGUAACGCAACCUGACAUAAACUACAUUGUGCGCGUUCCAACUCGUAACGAUCAGAAAAACAAAAACAUUAUUGUGAACUUUAACAACCGGUACCUGAAGGAAAACUUUGUUGCGUGCGCAAGGGCACAUAAGAAUGUAUCCGCAACUCAACUUGGAUUUGUCUCUGAGAGCAAAAUAUUCGUCAAUGACCACCUCACUAUAGAGAACAAAAUAUUACUAAACAAAGCAAAAAAAGAAGCUAAAGACCGUGGAUACUCUUUUGUUUGGGUAAAAAACUGCAAAAUUUUCGUAAGGAAGAAUCCAACAUCCCCAAUAAAAAAUAUAAAAUCGGAUCUAGAUUUAAAGAAACUUUAAUUAAGUGUUGUUUAGUAUACUAUAUGUUAUGGUUGAUCUUAGUGUUAUCAUAUUAUACCACAGAUAUCUAUGAUUAUAUAAUAUUUUGCAUAAUGUGCGUAUUAACUGCGAUUGUCGGUUCGGGGGUGCUCUGUAGUUUGAGAAGCGCUUGCCUAAUUUGCAUACGUAUUGUUCGGCUUCGACAGGGAGCGGGCGGCGCAAGCGGCUGCCAUUUAGUUGCCGUCCGCCGCUUGUUCUCGCUAGGCGUAGCCAUAAAUCCAAUUCCAUAUUUCAAAUUAAACAUUAUUGUACAGGGCAGUCCUUGGGCGGGGGAGUGUUGAUAGCCGUAAAGCGUGAACUAGUGGCGGACGGAAAAAAUGAAUGGUCUUCAUCGGCUGAGGAUGUAUGGGUCACAGUUAAGAUACGUAAGUCAGCCAAACUUGCUGCGCAAAAUAUACAUAUAUGCUGCACCUACAUUUGCACGCAGGGGUUAGGUCACUCCAUAGGUACACAACUGACUAACUUUUCAAAUAGCUGCGCCGAUGUCGUCCUAAACAACACUGACGACAAUUUUAUUAUACUUGGCGACUUUAAUAUGCCGAAUGUUUCUUGGACACCACAAAAAGGAGGUGCCGACUGCACGCCUUGUAAUAUUUUAGGUACAUUUCAAACCAAGUUCUUCGAUAACAUGAAUACAUGUAACCUUUUACAGUACAACCACAUUUACAACACGCACAACAGGUUGCUGGAUUUAGCAUUUAGUAAUAUCGAUCUUUGUGUCUCUGGUGGUGCAGACCCCUUGGUACCCGCCGAUCCCCAUCACCCAGCCCUGUGCAUGUCAAUACCCAUACAUAAUGAACACUCGCUCAGACCCGCUGUUAAAACCACUUACUUAUAUAACCGUGGUGACUAUAAAUCUAUUUGUAAUAAGCUUGAUGAUGUUGAUUGGCUAAAUUACUUUUCUGGGCUCACCAUGGAGGAGGCCGUAACAAAAUUCUACAAUUUACUUUAUGCACUUCGUGAUGAAUUUAUCCCUUUUAAAAAAGGUACAAUGGGCUCUAAAUAUCCUCUGUGGUAUAGCCUUUCUUUAAUUAAAAUGAUCAAAGAAAAACAUAAAUACCAUAAAAAAUAUUU